CCACUUUCUAAAAUGGGAGUAACAGUCCUUCCCCAUCUCACAGCAGUAUGCCUUGGCUAAGUAAAUUGAAGUUUGUGAGGUGAGUAGUGCAGUGAUGGGGCCAGAUAAGGACCUGCAAUAGCUAGAAUGCAGCUGUUUCCUGUCCACAUCAAAUCACACAACAUCACAUUGGGGUGGUUGCAAAUAUCUGUGAUUUCAUACAUCACAUUGGGGUGGUUGCAAAUAUCCGUGAUUUCAUACUGACUCUUUCAAUAGUUGGUGUUUCUCUUAAUGCCCCAGCUCCUGGAAUCCUGUGACUACGUGACAAUCUCAGCUCUCUCUUUAACAAAGGAAAAAAUCCAGGCCCAUUUGAAGACUCUGAGGGAAGAGAGAGAAAAGCUGCUGAGAUUUAAAGUGACUGGAGAGGGGAAAAGCCGGGAGUAUCUGAAACAAACACAAACUGAGAGGCAGAAGAUUGUGUCUGAAUUUCAGGAAUUGUGGCAGUUCCUGGAGGAACAAAAGCAACUGGUGCAGCAGGAAAAUCUGGACAAGGAGAUUGUGAAGAUACAAAAUGAAAAUGUCAGUAAUCUAUCCGAGAAAAUUUCCCAUCUCAGUGAGCUCAUCAAUGAUAUAGAAGGGAAGUAUCAGGAGCCAGUGAAUGAAUUCGUGCAGGUGAGACUAUGUUAGAAACAUCCCAGAUGCCAACACAGGAACAGGACAGCUGCUGAAUCCUGGGCACUGGGGUCCAGCAGUCAGAGAUCUCAGGGUAACUCAGUGUGUGCAUUGCUGAAAUAUGAAUGACUAUUGGUCUUUGCAGGAAUGAGCUAAGCACCUGCCUCGCUGCACACAAAAUGUGUGUGUGGGAGGGGAGCGGGAGGUUGCUGAUGAACAGAUGUCACCUACCUUAUAACUUUUAGCCCCGUGUUUAGAGCACUUACCUGUGAUGUGGGAGACCCAGGUUCAAUUCCCUAUGUCUGGAGAAGCUCACAAACGUGAGUAACAGCCUCAGGGCAAACAGUUACAAACGAGGGCACAAACCCCAAGCUGGGUGUGUGUUCUAUAUUUAUAUUUCCCUACCAAGUAUCAAGUGUGAACUCCUCAGACACUAUCACAGCCUGAACAUGGAGUCACAGACAGUCCCCUUGGGUACUCCGGUCUAUGUUGCCACCUAAACAAGCCUGCUUUUGUGAUAGAUGGUCCCUGUAGUGAGGCAGAGUGGGCUCCCUCUGAACUGGGGUGAAGGAACCACUAUACUCUCCCUGUGGGGCAGAGCUGAAUCCUGUCCUACCACCUCACAAGAAGUACUAGGGCAAAACAGGAAAUAUAAUAGGAAAGCCCUGGAGCUCAGUUGGUGCUGGGGGAGAAGAAAUCUAUUCUAGGGAGCUGAGCCUUUUACAGGAUCCUGGUGCAGCACCCUGCUGUCGGAAGAGACAGAGAACCCCGAGGAGGGGCUGAAGUGGCUGCCACCCGACUGCGAGGUGAAAAGACAGAGCCCCAGUUUUGUCUUGAGCGUUAUGAACACAACGUGGCUGAUCCUGCAGUAUUUCAUGAGCUGCGAAUCUGAAGAGGAAUCCAUAGUGACUGCUCUGCUGUGUGCCAUGGAAAUAACCAAUUCCAGAUUGACGUUGGCAUUCAUAGAGCAGCUGUGCAUGGUGGACCGUUGCAACUAGGCUUAGGAAACAAGCACAGAGUGGUGGGAUUGCAUCAUUUUGCAGUUAUGGGAUGAUGAGUGAUGGUUGCAGAACUUUCAGAUGUGCAAAGUCACCUUCCUGGAACUGUGUGCGGAGCUUGCCCCUGCCCUGUGGUGCCAGGACACCAGAACGAGAACUGUUCUUACUGUGGAAAAGCGAGUAGCAAUCACUGUGUGAAAACUGGCAACUCCGGACUGCUACCGGUCAUCGCGAAUCAGUCUGGAUUUGGGCAGUCCCCCUUGGGGGUUACAGUGAUGCAAAUGUGCAGAGCCAUUAAUCACCUCCUGCUACAAAGGACUGUGACUCUGGGCAAUGUGUGGGAAAUGCUGGAUGACUUUGCAGAAAUGGGAUUCCCUAACUGCAGCAGGGUGAUAGAUGGCAUGCAUAUCCCAAUUUUGACCCCAGACCAUAUUGCAAUGGAUUACAUCAACAGAAAGGGUACUGCAGGAGCUGGUGGAUCACUGGGGUCAUUACAUGGCCAUCAUCACGGGAUGGUCAGGGAAGGUGCAUGACAGCCAAAUAGCAGGGCCAUUAGAGGGCCUCAACGGGGGCGGAGCGGAGGAGGCUUUUUGUAUCAGGGAGGCUCUAAAGCAGCAUUUUGACAAUGACCACCAGUAAUGUUUCUGUAACGUAUUCAUCCAGACAUUGUUUACUUGGCGCAUUGAAUGACCUGUGUAAUGAUUGCUCAGCAUUAACUGUAGUCUGGAAAUGUGCCGAUUGCCAGGGUGUAUUAAUUCCAGCAGCAACUACCAUGUGUAGGACAUAAAUAAAGAUACACUUUAUUUCUAA